AAAAGAAUAAGGUUUGAUUGCAGUUCUGUGUGCUACUAAACCUGCGUCUUAAUUAUCUUGCCUUUGUGUUACCUGCUCUUACUCUCGCAUCAGAGAAAUGGGGUGGAUGAGUAGUGACAGAUUCAGGAGUGAGGUGAUAGCAGUGAUAAUCAAGGAUGAUAAUAAAAAAUGUUAAAGGCUAACAUCACUGAAUUUAUCCUAUGUUCCAUGAACUCCCAGGCCCUUGUACAUAUCUUCACUUCCUUCUAUAUUUUCAGAAGCAAAGACUAAGAGAGUUGAUUAGUGGAGUGUCUUGCACAAAGCAAAUUAAACAAUUUCAGCUUCUCCUACUUCCCACAAUUGGAGUUCAAUUAAAUUAGUAGGUCUUCAGAUGCUUGACAUUGGCUAUACUAGAACUCUAUUAAAUUACUAUAGACCUGUUCUUCAAAAGAACCUGUUAACUCGGAUGUCAGUAAAAUGGUGAAAUAGAUAGCUAUAAGCAUUUGUAUCCUCAUAGAAACAUUGAAAAACAAGCAAAACUGGUCAGAACCAACUUUGUCAGAACUUUGGAAAACAGUAAAAAAUUCCCAGCAACAAAAUGAAUGCUGAAUUUAAAAAAAGACAAUUAAAAAACUGCUCCUGGCACUCAAGAAAAUAUCUAUUGCUUUUACCUCAUUGCAUUCCUGAAAGCAAGAUGGGUCACCAGCAGCUGUACUGGAGCCACCCGCGAAAAUUCGACCAGGGUUCUUGCUCUUGUCCCGUCUGUUCAAACCUGCACGGUCUGAUCCAGAAAUAUGGCCUCAAUAUGUGCUGCCAGUGUUUCCGUCAGUACACAAAGGAUAUCGGUUUCAUUAAGUUGGACUAAAUGAUCUUCCUUCAAAGGAUUAUCUAAGGCAUCUACUCAAUGAAAAACCAUGAUAGUUCUUUGUACGUAAAAUAAACAUUUGAAAAAA